AUGUACACACCACGACAAACAUUUGUAGCUCUGGCAUCUGGUUCAAUAAACCUCGGCUCGCGGACUUUACUAUCAAAGUCUGUCUUGCGACCACUAGUAUACCGACCACAGAUUACCCAGAAAGCUUUGCUCUCUCCUAUUUCCCAAUCCUUUUCUACGUCAGCUAUUCGGCGGCAAAAAGAAGAAACCCAACCCCCCGUGAAAAGUAAUACCGAUGGAAAAGUCGUUGUUGAUCUGUCGGAGCAUCCCAUCAUCAAACGAAUUCCCAAGUUCUUGCAUCCAUACACAAUCGGAUUCCUUAAUGCACCUGUCUCCCAUGUCACUUCUUUCAUCAUUGUCCAUGAGUUGACUGCUGUAAUUCCACUGUUUGGCCUCUGGGGCCUUUUCUACUACUACGACUACACCCCUGUCGCCGGCAUCCCUGAAUGGUUGCUGCAAAAGGGAACUCACUUUAUUGAUGUCCUGGCUGAGCGUAACGGCUGGACUUCUCUCAAAACAGAGGCGGGUGCAAACAUUGUGCUACAGGGUGCAAUUUCUUACGCCAUUGUUAAGGCCAUUCUUCCUUUCCGAGCUGCUUUUUCGCUCCUGGCCAUGCCAUGGUUCGCCAAAUGGGUUGUCAUACCCUUUACUAGACUCUUCACUCGGAUCGGUUCUAAAAAGGCAGCGGCUUCUGUGGAACAAAGUGCAUCUCGCAAGCCAGGCACCAAAUUUGUCGAAUCUACAAUCACAUCUUCCUUCCGCAAACAGAUGAAGGAAACUUCAACUCCCUUGCCCGACCCACGAGGCCAGGUUUGGACACAAGAUCUCCCCAGCCAACCUCCAAAGAUAAAACGGGCUUCAUCCAACAAACCAAAGCUCUAA